AUGUGUGAUAACGCAACCACGUACAAUCAUGCAGAUACUAUUUAUUACAAGGCAGCAAAAAUACCACUGCCCGUUGGCCUAAAAAUGGCUACAACAGAAAAAUUUCGCCAACUAAUACCUGUAAUAACUUAUAACAUAUUGAAAGAAGAAUUUGGUUUUGAAAUAUGUACGAAUGAUUUUACUAAUCCUGACGUUCCAAGAACAGAGGAGCAAAUCGAAUGUGAACGGGAAAAAGAAGAGCGUAACAAAGAGGUAGAAGAUAAUAGAAAAGAGAACCAGAGGAAAUUGAGAUUAGUGAAUUUAAAUAAAUUCGAAGCCAUUCCGUAUAUUUCGCGGGACAAAAUGUUGAAACAAGCUAGAGUAGCCGCGAAAGUGGGAUCGGAAAAGAUAACGUUGAAUAUGUUGAAUUAUAAAAUGGGUUUCCUUCGACAAAAGAAUGAUGGGACUACCAGUUUACAGAUCUUAGUAUCGGGAACCGGCUACCUGAGCGUUAUCAGGAUUCCGAGAAUACGGGAGAAAUAUGUCGAAACAAGUGAAAGCUUUGAAUUACGUGCCUUUGAUACGUAUGCCUCAAGUUGCGAUUCUACAUUCGCUAAUCUCACGAAGAAGGAAACAGACUUGGCGUAUCAGACAUACGGCGAUGAAAUUGCUCAUUAUAGAGACUGUCAUUAUACGUUAACUAUAGUCAGAGAUCUGUUGGACCUCCUGACAGGGGGAGAUCACAGAAAGACUAGGAAAUUCCCGAAGAAAAACAAACAUAUGCUAGAUGUUGAUCGCAAUAUUCCUGCUUUGGACGGUGUAAAAAUUUACAUCGAUCAAUUGAAAACGCUAACAGAAUUAGGAAUUGAUGUUCAUCUCUUGGAAUAA